CGGAGAUCUCUAUCCGCAAAUGUUGUAAGCAGGAUUGGGUGUGCUUCUUCCCAGGCACCUAGGCAAACCACGCAGAGUCAGUGCAGGUGCCAGAGAAGGCAAUUUCCUGCGAAAGGGUUCAAUGAUCUUCACCAGGAGUUGUUCGAGUCAGCAGGGCGUUGACCUGGCCAGCUCGCCAACUCGCCAGCCACAUCGCUGACCGGCAUCUUUACCUUUUCAAUGGACGCUCCGGCCCUCAGGUGCAUACCUCGUGCGUGCUUGUGAUGCCCUCGAUAGGUAUUCCUACCCCACGUUGAGGUGACUUAGCGCGACAACAGCUUUCCAGAGGCGUUAGUUCAGCCUGACCACUUCUUCCCAACAAUGACACCUCAUCAAUUGAGGUCGGUGCGGCUGAACCUCAUCAGACAGAUAUUCUGUGUUUGCUUGAUGUGGUUUGAACUCUGCGCUUCGCCCUUGUUUACACGGCACGGCAACCAGAUGUCGAGAUGCCGACAACAGACCCCGUGAAACGACGCAAACAGAAUUGCGAAAAUCAAAAACGAUGGCGCCAACGACAGUACGACACGCUCCAGACUUUAUCUGGUGCGCUUGAGAAGAGCCAGGACCGCGUACGAGAACUCGAGAUCGAGUCCGACGACCUCCGCGUUCGGCUCCAGGACUCGCAAGCAGAGGUGGAAGCCUUGCGGGCGGCUACUGGCAGGCUGGAAGCACAAGCGUCACCGCCCUUGGGCCAAAAAAGAUCUAUUCAUGGGGACGUCGACCGUGAUUCUCCGACAAGUCGAGAUUCAAAUGUUUCGCCAGCUGUCUCUGAAGAUGAAAGACCGCCGGUGAAAGCGGUUCAAGCAAGUACUGUCAAUGGUCCAAGUCAAGCAUCCAGUACCGAGCCCAUCUUUUUGGACAAUACCAUGACCACUUCUUACCUUGCCGACUAUGACUGGUCGAGUGUUGUCAUUUCUGGGAAUGACGAAGGGACAUCUGCUCAGCCACCUCUCAACACCCAACACUUCGGAACCUCAUCAGACCCGAAAAGCAAACGGGGCUAUGUCCCUGGAUACUGGUCUACCUCUUGGGCUAGUGCUGUUCCGCCGGAGGAUGGAUUUGAGACUUCGGAUCCGUCCGGCAACCCAGAAUCCGUUACAGAGCCAAUUCCCGAGACGGUGGGACGUCAAACGCACGUUGAUUCCUGGCAGAUCUUUCACUUGCCUGUUCGAGAUCGAGGCUCUCCGGAAUCGUCGUAUGUUCACCAAGACAUGGAAGAAGUAGAAGAGCCCAUGGUGGGAGUACAGGCCACCGAAUGCAUCACUAUGGCCGCCUCAUAUUCAAAUGACCUAUACUUCAACUGGCCUAUGUAUUCCAUUCUUGGAGGUGCGGGCGGCAUCUGGAGGAAUAUGACCAACUUUCCAGAUACGACAAACAUCUCGCAACACAUCUUGGCUGUCCAAAAGGUUCUUCAUGACGCCUUCCGCCGGCUUCUCACCAAACCUACAGACGUGCGUGAGAAGGUGGUUGCUGAUGCAUUUGCCUGGAUGAUUCAAUCAGCGUGGCCAUCCAGUGAGAGCUGCUUUAAAAUGAUGACUGUUUACCGUCACAUCUUCAACUUCGAACUCUUUCGCAAUUUCCCUUGCAAGGCGACCUUGGAGCGGAUCCAUCCGCUCUAUCGGCCUACCGAACUCCAAGCUCGUGUUGCACACUCACCAGCGAUCGACUGGCUGCCCUGGCCAGAUAUGCGCGAGAAAGCAAUCCGAAUGCAACAUAAAGUUAACGUAGACAGGCUAUGCCAGAUGUGCUUGGAGCAUACACUAGUUGAACCGGGCCCAUUCUUCAACAGAAACCAGCCACGACCGGUUGGCGCGGCCUUCCGCAUCUGGGACAUGUACCUUCUAG